CUUUAGCUAAAGGGCAUGUACGGCGAGGCUGAGAGAUGCAGCAUGUCCUUAAAAGGAACCGCAACCUCCAUGCUGCUGGAGAAGGACUCAUAUCAUUGGUGUCCAUCAGGAAUGGAGGCGGAGCUGAACUUUACAGAAACGCUUCCUACUGAGAUAAGCGUGAAGAUCUUCGGUGAGCUGGACGUGAGGAGCCUGUGUCACGCUUCGCUCACUUGCAAACGCUGGAAUGUAAUCAUCGAGGGCAGCGAUAACCUGUGGAGGAGCCACUGUCUGGACACGCUGGCCGUCUGUCACAGGGAGGUGGACGGAGACCGGAGCAAUGGGUUGUCCUGGAAGGUGACUCUGGUGCGUAACUACCAGAAAAGCUGCGUGAAGAGAAGAUGGUUGAAGGGAAAGUACAGCAACAUCCGCUGUGCUGAGGAUCUGCCCCAGAACAACAUGUGCGAUCUGGACGUGGAGACCUGGGGGGAAAUCCUGGAGGCCGAGCUUGAGCGAUAAACAGCGAUGACGAUGAUGUCUGAAGAACUUACUUUUUCUCUUUUUAAUGACAUUUUUAAGGCAGUCUCCUCUGUGUUAGAAAAACACUGGAUGUCUCGAGUGUCAGAUGCUGCCUGGAGAAACGACCGUGUUCAUGCAGUUCAUGAGGGACAGACUCGCAUUUAUUGUGGGAAAAUUAUCCGAAAGGACCGAUGGAGCUGUAAAUCAAAGACUUAAAAUGGAAUGCACAUUUACACCGUUUUAAUAACUAAAUGCAGUAAAAAUAUAUUUGUAAAGGUUUUUUAUGUACUGUUAUCACAACUAAUAUCAUUAUUAUUAACAUGUUUUUUCAAAAAUGUAAUAUAUUACUGUAAUUAAAUCUUACAAAUCUGUUGAAUGUAAUCUCAUAUUUCUGUGUCUACAAGAAAAAAACACACAUUUACCCACACAAUACGGUGUGCUGUAUGUUCAUUAAAUUAAAAAUAAUUAACUUUAUUUAAUGUUUUUUUUUUGUUUGUUUGUUUUGCUUUCUUUUCGAGAACAAACAUUGCGGUGUGUGCCAUGUGUCAGUUUUGGGUAAAAUUGCUAAUUAUUAUACCAGAUCAAUAUUCAGACCUAAUUAAAUGCAAAUUGUCAUGAA